UCAACUGCGAACGUCGGCACGCACAAGACAGAGCUAGAGGUCUAACACUAACAGUCUAACCGCCCCUCACUCACUCUCAGCAGCCCGACCACAGACAUCGAUUUCUGAUUUCUCUGGGAUAGUGUGGACAAAGACGGCGAAUUUUAGUGUUUUCUUUCUCCGGAUAUUGCCAAGGUUACCCUUUCAGCGGCAGCGCUAAACACUGUCUCCAAGAUGUUAGACUAUGUGCAAAGUGAUGCGAACGCGGGGUGGACCAGUAGUUGAGCAACGCUCUGAUUCCGAGGACUUUUGAUGCAUUGGUGCACUAAUCUGUUUUCAGAACCAAAGAAGAGUAAGUCUACAUCUACAUGCAUGCAUUGAACAUAACCCUUCAUGAACUCUGACAGCAUACAGAAUUUAUUCAUCUUUUCCUUUGAAAGACUGUACGCGAGCAAAUACUACGAGUCUCAUCUUCUACACAAACGUCAGUCUAACAAAAAAAACAAAAAAAACAACAACAACUGACGCUAAGAUUUAAGAAGACAAACAAUAAAUAUGGCGCUCAACAACAGCCCCGUAGGCAGACGGCGCCGGAAGCUUCCCACCAUCCAUCGCCGUGACGUCACUGGAACUAACGAGACCCCGCUUUUUUGGUACAGCUACCAAAACGCUCUCCACUGGAUGCAAAACAAAGAGGACGUCAUCUCCAAGUUCGUGGAACUGCUACAGUUGUAUCCUAAUCUCAUUCAGGACGCAUCUCUGGACCGUUUCUGGGGAUUCCUGCAGCCCUUACUGAGCUCUCCAGGGGAGGAGGGAAAGUCUAGUGACAGGCCAGAGGUUAAAGUUCGCUCUGUUAGCCUAACGGGACCUCCGCCUGUAAAGACGAAAAUGGCUGGUAGAGCUGGCGACAUCCCGCAGAUUUCCGUGACAGAGUCUCGGGAGAGUCCGGCCCCAGUCCUGUGUAUCCCCGCCCAGCAUGCGCGCUCUCCUCGAGUCCAUCUCAUCAGCCACUGCACACAGCCCGGUACCUUCUGCUCAGACCGGCUGCUACACCAGGGCGUGAUGGAAAUGCUGAGAGAAGACUUUUACGUGAGGCACUCCCAAGUGCGACAUAUCCCUGCAGACGACGAGGAACUGAUUCAUCUCCUUGUGGGAAAUGGAGAGAAGACGUCUCGCCACUGUGUUGUGGCUGAGUCGGAUGUUUGUGUGUAUCUUUUCAACGAGUCUACGUUGGAAGACGAGGGUUGUUUUCAUGAUUUGUGCCUGGCUAUCGUUUCGAGGAUUCCAGUUGUCUACGUGCGUGACCACAGCAGUGAGCUGCCGAAUAGCUUCUCUGACAUAAUACACCGAACCAGCAGAGGGUCAGCAACGUUGAAAGACUACGUGGACAGGUUCGUUGAGCCCAACAUUCCUCACGCACCGCCCUCUCAGAAAUCUUUCUCUCCGAAGGUAUGUCGCUCGAAGUCGAAAUUAGCUCCCCUUUCACUAAGGGCACGACCCAUCUCCGCUGAGGGCCUUGUUGUCAGAGGUUCGGAUCCCCGUCGAAGCCGUCGCGGCCUCUCUCCUAAAACAUCAGAAGCUGACUUGAUCUUCACGCUGGUCAACAAUUUUAAAUCCGCUUGCGUGUUUGAUGGGGCAGAUACAGACAAAUGCGCUCUUCGUUUAAAGCGCGCCAUCUACCAGGCAGUUGGAAUCCUCGAACCCUCCAACUCGCCUCCUCUUCACGAAGGCUCUGAAUUGACGUCAUCUAUUGAUGUGAACGCCAAUGAGGAACAUUUUUCCAGUCGUCAAAUGCCCGGCAUCAACAAAUUGAAAGGGAAAGAAGCAGGGGACGACGUGCCUGUAACAAACGGCCCUACAGACCGCUCAAAGCUGAACGGACAAUCUAAACAGCAGCAGCAGCAGCAUCAUCAUCAGCAUCAGGGGGAAACGCGCAUGUCGUCAGAGAAAUUCGUCACAUGGCCUGAGCAAGGGGAAGUUACUCAUCUGCACGUGCCAGAUCCCGCAGACUACAUCUCCACCCGUGAAUGGGGUAACUCGGGCUCUGUCUCCGCGCCACCCGCCAGUUCCUACAAGAGACCAUCGGAGUCUUCAAAAAUCCGCGCAGCGAGCCUUGACGAUCCAACAGCUGACAGUGCGAGAGGUUCUGCCUUCUUCGGCGAAGAUUUCCAAAUGACGAGCCCCACGCCAUUGGAGCCACGCGCGACAACCUAUCUGCUUUUCGACCACAAGGGCCCGACAGAGGGUCCGAGGCGUGUGGAUUUCCCGCUUAUCAACCCUGAGCCAGGGGAGAGCGACACUGACUCGGACGGAAUCCACUCGCCUAUCGACUUCCCGGACAUUGACCUCAGCAGGGAGAUCAACACUGCUAGAGCGUCGCCGGAGAGUGAUAUUCCAUAGAGGGCCAUACAACCUAAAUGCCUCCAGAGGGGUCUCAACUGAAAAAUACGACGCUUAGCCGUAAAAGGGGAGGACAUAUUUUAAAAGAAUAUGUUUCAUUUAUCAUAGAGGACAGAGAAACUAUAGAGAAAGGAUUUAUACACUUUUUUCAUAAAAGGGGAGAGAACCCAAGGGUACUUUCUCUUUAUUCAUAGAGAGGACAAAAUACUCAAAUAAAAUCCCUUACUCAGCAACAUGGCAGGUAAAUUAAAUGUUACCGAUAAUACCAUAGAAAGACAUACUCCUAAAAUGUUGUAUAUAAUACUGGGCAGCCGUCUAAUGUUGCUGUUAUUCUGUAGAGGGUCAGUCAUCAAGAAAACAUUGCACUAGUACCUGUUAAAAGAUGCUUUGCGAUUCCUUGGUUUGAGGAAGUAUCUACCAAAUGUUUUGGGCUUCGGCGUUUACCACGUGCAUUUUGGACUUGUGGCACUCAGGGCGAAAAAGUGAUUCCAUAGCAUCCCAAUGGUACUGCAGUACAGAUUAGUGGUUUUCGGCAAAGCCAUGCUCAUCUUAACCCUCCCCCUCCCCCAACCAAACAACAUAAAACCAAGGAAUUUCCUUGAA